AUGAGUAAUGCACCCAAGUACAUCGGCCUCCGAGGCAUCUGGCUCAACCGAGCAGUUGCCUUCAUCGCCGGCACUGGCUUCUGGCUCUUCGGAUACGAUCAAGGAGUAAUGGGCGGCCUUCUCACCCUCCCUACCUUUGUCAAAACCUUUCCCGGCAUGGACUCUACCUCUGACUAUCUCUCGGACGCUCAAAAAUCUCACAACUCGACUAUCCAAGGUGUCGUCAUCUCAAUCUACGAAAUCGGAUGCAUGUUCGGAGCCAUCUUUUGCAUGUUCUUCGGCGACAAGUUCGGUCGAAGAAAGAUGAUCUUUGCCGGUAGCGGGAUCAUGAUCGUCGGUGCCGUCUUGCAAGCCUCUGCCUUCUCGCUUGCUCAGAUGUCAGUCGCUCGAGUUGUCACUGGUUUUGGCAACGGUUUUAUAACCGCGACAGUACCAAUGUGGCAGUCCGAAUGUGCCAAACCGGAAACCAGAGGACAGCUCGUCAUGGCCUCUGGCGCCCUUGUCACCUGUGGUAUCGCAUUCUCUAAUUGGAUUGAUCUUGGAUUCUACUUUGUCGACUCGAGUGCAAGCUGGAGAUUCCCUAUCGCUCUUCAGAUCGUGUUUGCCAUCUUCCUCAUGUCAAUUGUUUUGUACCUCCCCGAGUCCCCCCGCUGGCUUAUCAAGAUGGAUAGAUUCGACGAGGCCACAAAUGUAUUUGCAGCGCUCGCCGAUGUCGACAUCGAUAACCCGUAUAUCGCGGAGGAAAUUAACGAGAUCAAGGAAACGUUGACUUUGGAGCAGGGUAUGGAGUUUAGGAAGAUAUUCCAGAAAUCCCCGAAGAAGCACUUCCAUCGGACGGCGUUGGCUAUUGGGAUUUUGACUCUUCAGCAAUUGGGAGGAAUCAACAUCGUCUCUUACUAUGCUGCUUUUAUUUACGAAAAAUCUGUGCAUCUGUCGGCACUCAAUUCGAAAAUCAUUGCUGCCGUUUCCCAGACUCAGUACUGUAUGGCAGCUUGGGUGCCAUUUUUCAUCAUUGAGAAGGUAGGACGUCGCCAACUGAUGAUCUGGGGUGCAGUAGGUCUCGCUAUCACGCUCGGCAUCAUUACCGGAACAGUUCACGAGGCUGAUAAGGGCAAUUCAAAAGCGGGAGUUGCCUCCGUGGUGUUCAUUUUCUUGUACGACACUUGCUUUGCGAUCGGCUGG